UCUGUUUGUAUAUUGGUCACACCAAAAGCAGCCUCCUCUCUGAUUCAUGACAUCAAAACCAUCUUCCUCCAACUUUUCAUCCCCCUCACUAGCUGUAAAUCCAAGAAACCAUGAAAAAUCAAGAAAAUGACCAGCAACACCACUACCGCGUCGCAGAAAACGACCAUAACCAAACACUACCAGAAGAAGAAGGAGAAGGAGAAGGAGAAGAAGCAGAACCACGGCUCCAAGAACUAGAGAAACAACACAAUCACUCCAUGCACUUAUCUUCGUCUUCACCACCUGCAAAACCCGCUCCUAAACCCCCUUCAUCAUGCUUGGACUCUACUCCAGAUUCUACUCGCUCCUCAGAUCAUUCCUCUCAUUCUCAUGGCUAUGCAUUCUCUCCUCCACAACUCAAGCAAUCCAAGUACCAAUCUCCGCCAGCAGAUCAAAUCUCUCAAAGUAUUGGAUUCUCAUCACCGCCAGAUGUGAAACAACCAAAGCCUCUGUCUCCUCCACCCAUGGCAGCAGCUGCAGCAACGCUACCGGUUUCUAAAGUUGCGUCUGAAAACCAAGACGAUGAGGUUGUUAAAUCAGUCAAAGAUGAUAUUGGCCAUGGCGGUGGCUGUGGUAAGGGAGGGGCAAAUUUCUCAAGAAAGAGGGAGAUUCUGAAGGGAAGGGCUCUGCUGGGUUUUAGGUUUUUUGGUUUGGUGUUUUGCUUGUCUUCGUUCUCGGUUAUGGCCACUGAUAAAAAUCAGGGUUGGGCUUUUGACUCUUUCUAUCGCUACAAAGAGUUCCGGUACUGUAUGUCAGUGAAUGUGAUGGGUUUUGUUUACUUAGGGCUUCAAACGUGUGAUCUUGCCUACACUUUGGCCACCGGUAAGCUCUUUGCCCAGAAUCAGCUCCGCUACUACCUGGAUUUCUCUCUAGAUCAGAUGUUGACAUAUCUUCUCUUAUCAGCAUCCUCAUCAGCUACUUUCCGAGUUGAGGACUGGGAGUCCAACUGGGGCAAGGACAAGUUCCCAGCAAUGGCAAGAUUAUCUGUGGUAUUUUCCUACCUGGCAUUUGUAGCCUUUGCAUUAUGCUCUCUAGUGUCUGGCCAUACUGUCUUUACACCCAGAUCUACUUAGUUUGUCACGGAUGCUAUGAUUUGUAGUAGGUUCUUACAGGGGCAAGGCAUCCUGAUACAUGUACGAAGUUAAAAAUGCCAAGAGUAUCGUCAGUUCUUCAAAUUUUAGCUUGGAGAGCUAUAUGUUUUGCAAGUAAAUUUUUAUUUUUUAUUUUUAUCA